AUGUUGUUUAUUCGUUUGAUUGAUUGUUUCUUUCUUUCUUUCUUUCUUUCUUUCUUUCUUUCUUUCUUUCUUUCUUUCUUUCUUUUUCGCCCACUCUCUUAUAAUCCCCUAUAUUGUUCAUAUUUUCUUUCUUUACAUUUCCUAUUUAUGAAGGUAAGAAUUCCAAAUUUCUAUCUAUCUAUCUCAGCCUGUUUCUAUCGUUUUAUCUCAGCCUGUUUCUAUCUAUCUAUCUAUCUAUCUAUCUAUCUAUCUAUCUAUCUAUCUAUCUCAGCCUGUUUCUAUGUUUCUAUCGAUUUAUUCUCAGCCUGUUUCUAUCUAUCUAUCUAUCUAUCUAUCUAUCUAUCUAUCUAUCUAUCUAUCACAUUCUAUUCAUAUCUACAUUGCUUGUAUCUCUACCCUGCCUUUAAUUUUUCUAUUGUUACUUACUUUUCUUUUCUUAUGCGUUCUUCUUUUCAUUAUUUUUGUAAUUCCGUUUUUAUUUUCCCUUUCUCUUUAAUUUCUCUUUAUCCAAAUUGUAACUAUAUUUAUCUGUUUGUUUUCAAUAUCGUUCUUUCAUCCGUCAUUUUUUCUCUCGUUCCUUCCAUCUUUUCAUUCUUCCGACUUUCUCUCGACAUGUAUUCCAGACUUUCUUUUUUCUCCUAUUUAAUUGUUCAUUCAAAUUACUUCUCUCCUUUUGUACAUUAUUUGUUCUUCUUUAGUGUUCUUUUUUUUCUAAUCAGUCUUUCAAUAACAUCUCUUUCGAACCAUUAUUUUUUCUUAUUUCUUUCCUUCUUUCCUUCCAUACCUCCUCUCAUUCUCUUCCUCCUUCCUCGUCUUCCACUGCUUGAUCAUUUUCUUCGUAUUUCUGUAUGUUUUACUAUUUCUUCCUCUUUGUUUCUUCUUCUACUACUUUCUUCUUUUCUUCUUCUUCCUUCUUUUUUCUUCUGCUUCUCCGUCUUCCUCUGCUAUUUCUACUUUCUUCUUCAUCUUCUUCUUCUUCUUUUCUUCCUCCUCUUCUUCUAUUUUCCUUUCUUCUUUUCUUCCUCCUCUUCUUCUAUUUUUACUUUCUUCCUCCUCUUCUUCUUCUUCUUCUUCUUCUUCUUCUUCUUCUUCUUCUUCUUCUUCUUCUUCUAUUUUUACUUUCUUUUUCUUCCUCUUUUCUCCUAG